GUGGUUAAUUUUUCUUACCAAAAAAACAAAAAUCUUGAACUAAAAAUCUACCAGCAAACUAAGUAUAUUCUUAUAACAAGUAUAAAUACCCAUCCCUGUUCAUAUCCAAAAUUACCGACUGAUUUCAUGAUAAGGCUGUGCUUAGUUAGAAUUGGGAAUAUCCCUUCUGUAACUCCUUCAUUACAUUCUACACCUUUCUAUACAAAGAAACUAUUACACCCGUUACUUAUACACUCGUCAUUCAUACGAAAGUUUUCGUCAUGUCGACCCGAGUUUCAGGCUGUGCCGUCUUUAAAUAAUGACAAACCUUUAAAAAAUACCCAGUCAUCACAGAAAAAUGGAAACAACGAAAAGGAUACCAAUAGCAAGGAAGAGCAAAAGGUGGAGGACAAUGCAACAAACACCGAUACUUUGAGUUCUGGAAAAGUUCUACCAGAAGGUGUUAGUAAAGAUGAAUUUUUAACAGAAAUAUUUGGGAAUUUGGAUCCUUACAUUGACACUUAUUCAAUUUACAAACAGUUGCGUGAAGCGGAAUUUACUCCCGAACAAUCAGAUCAAAUUAUAUCAUUAUUAGUUCACCAAUUAAACUCCAAAUUGACUAAACUAUCAACCAUAUACGCUCAGAAUUUUGAGUUAGAAAACGAACAGUAUUUAUUUGAAAGUGCCCAACAGGAAAUACGAGUAGACAUAACCAGAUCAAGGGACCAACACAUCAAUGAACUAAUUGCAUUAAUUAAUAUUUUGGAAAGAGACUUUAAUGUUAUUAAUGACGAAUUGAAUAAUGAUUAUUUAAAAUUGAAAAAUGAUUCUCAAGUGGCGAUAAAUGAAGGCAAAUCAGAAAACACAUUAAAUUCGAAAAAAUUGUUUCUUCGAAUUCAAGAGGCAAAUCAUAAGAUCACUACAGAAUUGAAUUCAGAUAUCAAAUCAGAGAUAGAAAGUUUGCGAUGGUACUUAUCACGAUGGGGGUUGAUUACACUAUUAGUGUCUUUAUUCCUGGGACUAAUCAUAUUUUACAAUACCAAACGUAGAAAUGUUACCAAGGAAGCUAAAAAGGAUUUUGCACCUUUAGUCAUUCGAGAACCUAGUGAAUAUGAAGAUGAUGAUUACCAUACUGAGUUAGAUAGAGGAUCUGUUUAA